CGGGAGGGCUCGCCAGCUUCCGCGUGCCACGAGCUGAGUGGGCGGGGCUUACGCUGAGCUUGUCUUUUGCAUGGCUCUGCUGCUUAGAGCUUUCAUCCUACCUGCGGCCAUUUGUCGAAGAGAGGCAGCGCGGACCUCCUGCACCAGCCAUCAGCGUGGCGCGUCGCUUAGAAGCGAGGGAGACGCUCCCGUUGAAUUGCAGCGCCAGCAGCGGAGGCGGGAUGGAGGAGGAGGAGGAGGCUAAAAUGAAUAACCAGCAGGAAAAGUCACAGAAGAAAAAUGCAAUCUUAGUUGAUGGAGUUAUUUUAAAUGGCCCAGUAGCAGAUUCAAAAUCAGGCGAGAAAUUUGUGGAAGAGGUCAAUAAGAUAAUAAUGGAAGAAGUGGUAAAGAAAGCAUCUGAUGCAACUGAAAAGGUGUGUGAAUGGCAAUCUCCUGAGCAACUGAGAACACUUCUUGACUUGGAAUUGAAAGACACAGGAGAGAGUCAUCCCAAACUCUUGCAGUUAUGCCAAGAUGUUAUACAAUUCAGCGUCAAAACCUAUCACCCAAGAUUUUUUAAUCAGCUCUAUGCUGGUAUUGAUUAUUACUCUUUAGCAGCGCGUUUCAUUACGGAGGCAUUAAACCCAAGUGUAUAUACCUAUGAAAUUUCUCCAGUAUUUUUACUAGUGGAAGAAGCAGUGCUAAAGAAAAUGAUUGAAUAUAUUGGAUGGGAAGGAGGAGAUGGUAUAUUUAAUCCAGGUGGCUCUGUUUCCAAUAUGUAUGCAAUGAACUUGGCAAGAUAUAAAUAUUUUCCUGACAUAAAAGAAAAAGGCCUUUCAGGGAUACCUCAAUUGGUUCUGUUUACAUCAGAAGAGUGUCACUACUCAGUGAAGAAGGCAGCUUCCUUUUUGGGAAUUGGCACACAAAAUGUUUACUUUGUCAAAAGUGAUGACAGAGGUAAAAUGAUUCCUGAGGAACUGGAGAAACAAGUCCAGCAUGCAAGGAAUGAGGGUUCUGCACCAUUUUUUGUCAGUGCUACAGCUGGUACCACCGUUUUGGGAGCAUUUGAUCCUUUGAAUGAGAUAGCUGACAUAUGUGAAAAACAUAAUCUUUGGCUACAUGUUGAUGCAUCAUGGGGAGGCUCAGCUUUACUGUCAAGGAGGCAUCGCAAGCUUCUUCAUGGCAUCCACAGGGCCACUUCUGUUGCAUGGAAUCCUCAUAAGAUGCUUAUGGCAGGAAUCCAGUGUUGUGCACUUCUGGUGAAAGAUAGUUCUGGCUUGCUUAAGAGAUGCUACUCUGCCAAUGCCUCAUAUCUGUUCCAACAAGACAAAUUUUAUGACAUCAGUUAUGACACAGGUGAUAAAUCCAUUCAGUGUAGCAGAAGAGCAGAUGCAUUUAAAUUCUGGAUGACAUGGAAAGCUCUAGGAACAACUGGCCUUGAGAAGAGAGUAAACAGAGCCCUUGCUUUAGUCAGAUACUUAGUGGAUGAAAUUAAGAAGAGAGAAGGAUUUCAGUUGCUUCUGGAGCCAGAAUAUGCAAAUAUUUGUUUCUGGUAUAUUCCACCUAGCCUAAGAAAGAUGGAGAAAGGACAUGAAUUCUGGGAAAAACUCAGUUGUCUUGUGUCGACUGACCUAAAAUGGCGUCGAGUGAUGAGAGUGACAGCGGCGAGAUUUCGAAUUCUUUAAAACGAAAGAGAGGAGUGUGCAAAUAUACCAAAGACUGGGAAGCUACUUUUGCAUGGAUUACCAACAACGAAACCGACAGAACUAAUACGACGGCUUGUGUAAAUUGUGUCAGAAAUCGUUCACAAUUGAAUAUAAUGGUAUAAAAGCUGUCACACAGCAUGCAAGCACAAAAAAUCAUUUAGGUAAGGAGAAAAUAGCUUCCAGCAACAAGCGAAUCAAUUCGUUUUUCAUUGUUAAAGACUCCUCUUUCAGUGAGAAAGUGACUGUAGCUGAAAUGGCUGAAACUUACCAUGGGAUCAAACACCAUAUUUCUUUCCUGGCUCAAGAUUGCGGUAUUAAGUUAAUGAAGCAAAUUUUUGAUGAUUCAGAAAUUGUAAAAAAGAUGUCUUGUGGAAGAACCAAAUCAUCAGCUAUUGUCAAUGAGGUUUUUCUUUUUCUAUUGAGUUGCUUCUCAAUGAUCUUAAAACUGGAAUUCCAUUUUCUCUCUCCACUGACGCAUCAAACAAGAGAAAUCGCAAAAUGUAUCCCGUUGUUGCACAAUAUUUUACUUGUGAAGAAGGACUGUGUGUGAAAAUUUUAGACUUUUAUGAGGAUUCUUUCGAAGAUUCUACAUCAAUAAAAAAUCAGCUGUGUCGAGUUCUUAGUGAUAACGAAUUGGAAAUAAAUAAUGUUUCAGCUUACUCAGCAGAUAAUGCAUCGGUCAAUUAUGGAGUGAACAAAUCUGUUUACCAAAAAUUAUUGCUGGAAAAUGACAAUAUUGUAGCUGCUCAUUGCAAUAAUCACAUUUUACACAACAGCGCAAAAAAUGCAUUAAAGCAGUUAUCUUUUGAUAUCGAAAAUGUACUGCUGAAGAUUUUUGCCGAAUUUUCAAAUUCUGCGAAGAAAUGAGUUGAAAUCAUUUUUUGAGUUUUGCGAGUCAGAAUUCCAUGAAGUUUUGCACCAUGUUCCAACACAUUGAUUAAGUUUGUUUAAAGCGGUCGAAAGACUUCUUUUAAACUGGAUACCUCCAAAAUCGUAUUUUAUUUCUCUUGGAUCUGAUGAGUGCCAUAAGGUUAUCUGGAACCUUAUUUCGGAUCAGGAAAAUGAACUCGCAAAGGACGAUGAACCAACAAUUUCAGAAUUGUAUUUAUAUUUCACGCACUUCUUCAUGUCAAUAAUGCAAGACACCCUACUGAAGCUGGAAAGCAAGAAAAUUCUUGCCUGUGAUCUUCACAUUAUCAUGUGUAAGCUGCGUGAUUCUUUGCAAAAAAAAUACGAUGAGCAGUUUUUUGGAAUGAAAGUUUUAUUUGCCUUACGUAAAAAACAUUUGCCUGAGAAUGCCGUGCAAAAGUUCAAGAAAGAAGCCAUCAACGUGUAUCAAAGAGCCAUUGCGUACCUGGAAAAGUGGUAUAAUUUCACCGAUUCAGUAGAUGAGACGUUAAGUUGUUUCAAUCUAAUUGAUUGCAAUAAUCCUCCAACUUUAGAAGAAAUGACGAACAUCUGGUUAUUAUCAUCAUGGCAAGAAGAACUUCCACCCAACACUCUCUUCGAUGAAAUUUCUGCCUUAGAAGAAGUUUAUGUUCAUCUGCAGGGCAAUUCAUCCCUUGAUAAGUGGACGUACUUUUUCAAGAAAGAGCCAGCUCCGAGUUUACUGAAACUGUUCCAGUAUUGUGCAUCAAUUCCGGUAUCAAAUGCAAAGGUUGAACGAAUUUUCAGUGUCAUGGGAAAUUUGUGGACUGACGAACAUAACCAACUGCUUGUACCAUCAGUUCGAAGUGAACUUUGUAUAUUUUUUAAUAUUUCUCAACGUUGUACUGAAAUUAAAGAAUUAUUCCUUA